CGAGAGUGGCUACAGACGCCCCAUGGUCAAGCAUGGCAGAUGACUCCAGCAGCAUCUGUCUGGGUAACAAUGGAUGAAUUCUCGAGCACAUUAGAAGCCAUCAGCGAGUACACAAUCAUCCCAGAAGUACCUUUACGGCCAGCUUUUCAAGUCAUCGAACAGUUCAAGCACUUGCCAGAUUUCUUGGGCUUUCCGGCAUUCCUGGCAUUUCAACCCCAGGAUCACUCUACACACGUGUUCCAAGAAGAUCGUCGUUUACCAGACAUAGAGGUCAUCUAUGCUAUGACGGCGUUUGCAUUUUUUGCAAAAGAAGCACGGGAACAAAGCCGAUCAGCCUCUGACGCUCUGAAGUACGCAUGUCAAAAUUGGUCCUUCCAUCUCUCGCGAGCUCCUAGUCCAUGGGAUGGCGGGCUCAACACUUUAUUCAAGCUCUUCUGGGAUCGUCACUUGCUCGCCUGGCUCGAAAGGCAGUGGUGCUUGAAAGGCUUGCGGUCUUGUCUCCUUGUUUUAUCUGAAGGGCAGAAACUUGCAAGG